GGUUAUUGACUACUGCAAUCAUUGAAAUUCAACCAUUCGACCUGUUUAAAUCUUUGAAUCAUCAAAUCUUUGGAUUGUGCUGCUACAUCAACUAGCCCAAUACGUUUGGAAUUGCAGACCAUUGCUUGCUAGAUAACUGCUGGGUUUAUCCAAUCUUUAUUUUUUAUUGCAUAUUUACUUGGCAUACUGUUGUAACGUAUCAACACACCAGCGCUACUAUCUAUUCACUUAUUCUCUGGACCAGUCUGAUCGCAUUUCCUUCAACAAACAACCAUGUCAUCACCACAACGAGUCAUUACCAAUGAGCAUCACUACCGACAGGAGAACUCUCAUAUCUUACCGGCCCAACCGCAGCACCAUGAAGCACCUCCUGUCUAUACAGUUGAACAACCUCAUUCCAACCCGCAUGCAUCACCAAUAUUGUCAACCCACGGCCACCACCGUUUGGAUCAAUAUUCUAGAUGCUGCCUCAGCUGCGGUGUGAGUAUUUCAAACCAGCAGCGUAACACUCAAGGGCUCGCUAUCUGCACAUCAUGUGAUUCAGUUUCCGAUUCUAACCCCUCUGCGCCGCACAAGGAUUAUUUGCAAACCGCUAUACACCCUGUGCCAAUUUACACUUCAACCAGAGAUUAUCAUGACAAAUAUUCUUCCAUGUCCUACCCAAACGUUGGAAACAAGGAUCUCGGCAACACUCUUUCCUUGAAACAGACAUUGUCUGCGCAGGCCAAGUCAUACGAGCCUGGCUCAAGUUAUAACAUACCUGCCAAUGUCACUCGUAGCCAUCAUCCCACUCUGAUUUCGCAUCGACCUCCCCAGCAACAGCAACGCAGUAAUAGGCGAGAAGUGGCCAAUCCUCAUCCGGCAGAUACUCUAGCAAAUCAUAUGCUUGGUCGAACUAAAAUCCGCAACUCAAGCCCGACAAAAAAAUCACCUCCACUACUACCCUUACAGAUGAAAUCAUGCAAUUCAAACAACAGCGAUAUGCCCUUGUAUUAUGUAGAUAACAAGAUUGUAGUCGAUCAAUCCAAAAACCAAUAUUUGAUGGCCAGCACUCAAAACAAUCCAAAUCCAAAUCUGAAGACUGAAUCGCGAAUUCCACAAACUCAGCGUAUGCACAGCCAUAGGCAGGAAUCAGCUUCUCGUGAUCCUCCCUUCGUAUCCACUCAGCUAUCGUCUACUGACGUGCCGUCUGUGCGAUUAUCUACUGCCACAAAUGGUGCUACAUUUAUCAAUGCAUCAUCUGCCUCGACCAUCCCUCCCGCCCGUGACAUUUCACAUACCAUUUGUGUCAAUUGCGGAACUACAUCUACUCCGCUUUGGCGCAGGGAUGAAAUGAGUCGAUCUAUUUGCAAUGCAUGUGGUUUGUACUAUCGCCUACAUGGAAAACAUCGUCCGUUGACUUUCAAAACUAGCGCAUCUACUACAUUCAAGCGUCGUCGUAGAAAUACUAUCAUCCCUGCUUUGCCCAGCGCAACACUCUCCAACACUGGAUCAAAUGCGUCUUUCCGGACUCCGGAUACCAGUCCUAUUCGUAUCACCACUGCUGAUCUGCCAACUCAUCGUCCAUUCAUUUUGAGCGGUAAUCUUGAAUCUGAUACAAAGCAUGAGUCCAGCAUGACAACCCCACCUUCUUCGACAACCACACCUCACAAUCAGCGAUCCAUCUUUGGAAACACUCCACAGUCUGCCGAAUUCCAAAGUGACAACAAAACUGGUCGCAGGGUAUCUGCUCCGCGUUUGGAACUGUUUACUUCCCGUCCUUUACCCGAACUAGAAUCGGAAAACGUGCCGUCCAUGUCUAGCGCACCUCCAUCUUAUGCCGCCCCAACCAUCCAAAAUACCAAUGUAAUUACUAGGAAACGUAGUGUAUCUGCUUUAGCAGACUUUACUGGUGCGCGUCUUCCUGCUAUUCGAGUACCUAAAUCGGCCCGUGAUGCAUCAUUGAUGCAUCCGUCGGACAUUCGCUUGCCCUCUCUUCAUGCAAUUUUUGGUAGCAAAGGUGCGUCUUUUCCCGCAGAAGAACAAACUUUUCGACGCAAUAUUCAUGUCACAGGCAAUUUAGAACUAGCUAAACAGGUUCGUGAUGGUCAUCAACUUCCUCCAGUGGAUAUUCGACCAACACUUUCUUCAAACCCAUCAUCUGGUCUAGAAAUCUACAGUAUUUCGAAUCACAAUAUUGCCGAUCCACAUUGUCAGGGAAGACGUCGCUCAAAAAGCAUGUCUGCUCCUAAGCCAUAUGCCGAUGUAAGAGCCAACCUUGAUGCAAGCAACACCCAUUUGCGCCAAAAUCAACAAGAGCACUAUCAAGCCCAAGUGCAUCGUGUUCAAGCUUACGAGCAGCAACAGCAAGACUCUUCUGAAGUUCAACAUCGACCACAAGAUCAGUCUUCAUCUCACGCGUUGAAUUCUAAGCAGUCUGGCUUGCAACAAAUACAGUUUUUGAGUCCCCAGCAGCCUACCGCCUACCAACGCGAACGUGCUACUAGUUUAUCUAGUUUGACUCGCUCUACUCAGUCCGCAAAGGUUUAUGAUGGCUACCACACGAACCAGCCCCUCUCUGAUAGAUCUGACCUUGUUUGUGAAUCUGGCACAAAUAGGUUGCAUACUCAACAUAGGCGACCAGUAUUGCGGAACUCGUUCAAUCAGCAGGCAAACCAUGCAUCUGAUGCUUCUUCCGAACAGAAUUCCGAGUUUCGAGAACAAAAUAGACAUUGUGCAACUCUCCCUCGCAUAUCUACCUCGUUUGGAUCAAUGCGGCAGUCUACUAUUCCCUCUCCCCUGACCCCUUCAAGAGACUUUGGCGGCUCUCAGCAUGCUCAGCUGCUUAACCCUAACACGCCCAACAAUCUUGGUCAAUUUAUCUCGUUUGCAUCACAUAGCAACUGCCGUAAUCAAGAUACCACCAUGACUCCAAGUCCGACUCAUCCAAUGAACCAACAUCUUACAUCUACUCAUCCUGUGUACUCGGAUACUGGAUUAGAACAUUCUGGUAUGCGGAAUCGCUCCAUUGAAUGUUCUCCCGUAAAUGAGCAAAAACCUGCGAUCAAUGAAGUGAAUCGUGAGGGAUAUGAGCACGCUCUUUUGGCGUUAGCAUCACUUUCAACGAGGCAAAUGUAAAUAGAAUUAUACUGUACUGUUUUUCCGUCUUCUCAUCAUCCAAUGUUUUAAGCUGUUUUCCCGCCCAUAUUGUUUUAAACGUGGUUUUGUAUUUUGAAAUAAAGUUUGAGAUGCGUAGUUACGUU